ACUUUUAUUGGGGGCUUGUUUAAGUCUUCCCUCAUUCACGCAACCAUCUGCUAUCGAAAUUAAGCUAAGAAAUAACAUUAAAUUGAAUCAAAAUGCCGUGUGGCAAAAACUUUAGAAGGAGAAGGGAUUCGUCAGAUGUAGAGGAAGAAGAGACAACUGAAGAAGUCAGAUCAAAAGUAGAAGAGGCUAAAGAGCUUCAGAGUUUGCGGAAACGACAGAGCGGAGUCAGUGUGACCGCCCUGUUGGUUGGAGAGAAACUGCCACCAGAGGCUGAAAUUGAUAAUGACCCAUUCAAACUAAAGACUGGAGGAGUUGUAGACAUGAAGAAAGUCAAAGACAGGAACAGGGACAUGACAGAAGACGAGACAGACCUCAACCUGGGCACCUCUUUCUCUGCUGAAACUAACAGAAGAGACGAGGAUGCAGACAUGAUGAAAUAUAUUGAGACUGAGCUGAAAAAGAAGAAGGGCUUGGUGGAGGCUGAGGAACAGAAAGUUAAGGUGAAGAAUGCAGAGGACCACCUGUAUGAGCUGCCUGAGAACAUCCGAGUCAACUCUGCCAAGAAGACUGAGGAGAUGUUAUCCAAUCAGAUGUUGAGUGGGAUCCCUGAAGUUGAUCUUGGCAUUGAUGCAAAGAUAAAGAACAUUAUCCAAACAGAAGAUGCAAAAGCCAAGCUUCUGGCAGAACAAAGGAACAAGAAAAAAGACCAUGGCACAUCAUUUGUACCAACCAACAUCGCUGUCAACUAUGUCCAACAUAACCGCUUCUAUCAUGAGGAUGUGAAUGCACCACAGCGGCAUCACAGACACAGAGAAGAGCCCAAGGCAAGACCGCUGCGUGUGGGAGACACAGAGAAACCAGGUCCAGAAACAUCAUCGCCACCUAACUACCGCAAACGUCCAAACAACGAAAAGGCCACAGAUGACUACCACUAUGAGAAAUUCAAGAAGAUGAAUCGACGAUAUUGAGGAGCUACACGUUCUUUUGUUUUUGUUUUUAAGAGUUACUCAACAUGAUGCCCACUUUUAAAGAAAUUGAGACAUAAAGAUUACUUGUAGACUAGUUUCCCAAAGCAACUGUUAGGGACAGAACUCCCAAGACACUGUUGUACUUUGUAAAUAUUGUAUAUAGCUCUGUGUCAUUAUCUGCAGGCAGUACAUCUGCUUUGUAAUGUGUUUGUGUUAAAGGACAAUUCAUCUAGAAGAAAUCAUGUAUGCUCAUUUUGUUCAGGAUUGUCUGAUAAAAAUGAAUUCAGACAAAUAAGACCAUAAUGUUUUAGGAAAUACAGGAAGGACUUGAUAUAUGUCAAACUGAUUGGUAUUCCUGCUCUGAAUUUAGUUUUUUUUUUUUUUUUUUUUUAGU